AUGGCGCCAAUUGAGGUUGAGCAUGCACCACCUUCAACCACUGCAGCAACUAGAAGGAAUCUCUGCUGGGAUCUACAAGUUGUGAAUGAGGUAGAUGAAACAGCAAGUGCAUAUGUGGACCCACCACCUAAGAAAAUGACUCCAAGGAAGAAACAGCUAGCUACAAAGAACAUGCGGGCAGAGAAGGCGGCCGCCGAGGCGGCGGCAGCGGCGAAGGUCGCCGUGAAGAGUGAGCCCGGCUGCAGCGCUCCGCCGGCGGCGGAGAACAACACAAAGGAGGCCACUGGUCACGGGUGGGUGUCUGUCCCGCCCGGCUUCUCCACGCGCCAAAAACGAAAGCUGCAGCACGCCCCGGACAGACAUGACGGCGACACGGUCGGGUGGGAGGCGGCGCGGCAGCUUCUGCAGGGCGUCAUCACGCCGGCGCGGGAGCGCUCGUUCUUGGUGGCGGAUCCCUUCUCCGUCAUCGCGACGAGCUACAUCGCGACGCUCCAGGUUCGAUCCUGA